CCAAACACAACUUGCAAAGUCCUUCCCCCAUAUCUCUCAACCAGCUCCACCUUGGUGAUUUGUAUAAGACUCUCAUAUAUCCUUCCAUCUUCCUUCCAACGCCCGAGUCAUAUACCAACCCAGGCAAAAUAUAAGGCAUAGAUAGACAUUAUUGUAUGUAUUUCUUUACCACUACUUAAAGGCCCUCAACUCGACACUAUCUCUUUAUCACGAUGAACCAAUCCACUCGAUUAGAACGAAAUCUCGAAGACUCUUACUCACACCUACCUAGGUCAAGAGCUAACACGAUCUCGACGACAAGAGGAUUUCACGACUUACAUCUCAUCGAUUCGCCUCGAAGCCAACCAGCUUCUUCUCAGGAAAACCAACCGCCUUCAUAUAUAAGGCAUAUAUCUCAGCGCUCUGCGACAUUUCAUCCAGGCCAGGCGUCCUACCCAUCUCCGCCGCCCCAAGGUGCAUUGGAUGCUGAGUGGAGUGAACGGCAAACGCAGCCUCAAAAUACACCUCUCUUACGCUUCGAUCCAGCGCGAGGUUGUUCUCCUUCUUCAACAUCUCCACCACCCUCAGCGACAUCCACAAAUAUGAGUACUGUAGCUGUAGCAUACGACCCUAGGAUGGAAAUGGGCAUUCCUCGAUCCUCCUUCACUUGGCCGGGUCUUGAAUCUGGCCAUGAUCUAUUAGGCCACGAUUUGGGCUCCAUGGGCCAUGGUCCCGAUCCUAGAAUGACUCCUCCCAGCACUUCCAGAUCUUUAACCUCGAGCCCGCCCCGCUUCACUUUAACGCCAGAGCAGCGCGAACUCAAGAGGCAACGAGACCAAGUCCGACGAGACUCAAAGUCAUCUGUACGAGCGCGCCGCACCAUGAGCAACUAUUCUUCAGCCUCGGCAUCCCCGCCCGUCUCAAUGCAUGAAUUCUCUUCCGCAUCCCCGGUACCAGUGUACUCGACAGCGCCGUCGCAAAUAUCUCUUCUCGCAGAACCCGCUACGACCAUGGCAGGCUCGUAUAUGCCGUCUUAUUCCACAUCGCCACUUCCGGACCACGGUAGCUCGAACAUGUUUGCACAUCAGUUUUCGUCAUUGCCCCCCAGCGAUUACAUGAGCUUGAAUUACUCACCAGGUUAUCCACCGCCACCUUCCGCGCAGAGCUUGUCAUCACAAUAUAGUAGUCGACCAUCACCGCCCAUGCAUGAGGCUGGCAUGAUGUAUCCUGUUCAGGCAUCACCUGUUCUAUCUUCUGGGGGCACAGCGCAAGAGGCUGGUCACGUUCGCGUUGUCCAAAGUCGCCCAAAGCCCCAGUGCUGGGAGCAUGGCUGUAAUGGACGACAAUUUUCUACCUUCAGCAAUCUCCUGAGACAUCAACGCGAGAAAUCAGGACAAGCAACCAAGGCUACGUGUCCCAACUGCGGUGCUGAGUUCACAAGGACUACUGCACGUAAUGGACACCUGCUUCACGACAAGUGUAAGCAAAGACGAAACUCGUGAGGCCCGAUGAAUCGAUAAACCCCACUUUUGUAUUAUUUACGAUGGACGGAUGAUGGUUAGGAGCGCUACGGCGAAAAAUGCGAGGGCUACGAUGAAUUGUGGAGUGGCAUAUGAUUUAGACGGCGACGACUCAACUGGCAUCUAAAACUUUCUUUUCUUUGGAAAUAUCUUUUCUGUUGUUUUUAUUUUUUUACUCGGAGUAUAUAUGGGAUUAUGGACGUUAAAGGAUUUGAUGGGUUGACGAGCUUUGGACAUGGCGUGGAAGAUUAAGCAUAUACCCCCUUUUUUUUGUUAUCUUCCCUUGAAAUAUUUUUUAUCUUCGACCUUCAAUCUUUAACCAUGUAUAUUUUUGGAAUAUUUGGAACUGACAAAAUUAUCAUUUUAAGACAUUAUUUUUAAACUG